AUGCUACGCCAGUACCUUCAGAGAAUGCCCUCGUGGACCACUGUCUCUGCAAUGGGAGCCGCAUGUUUCCUUGUGACAUUCUUCGUCACGCUAAGCAGAACAGAGGCAGGCCUCUUUGGGGGCAGCAGUGGCAGCAGCGAGAGUAGCAUGCUGAAUCAAGGUAACAGCAGCUGGGGUCCCCCAUCUUGGCAUCAUGGCUCUUCCAUCAACGACGUCUGGUCGCGGCGCCAAAAGACCCCCAACAAGCAAUUCGAUGUGCAAACCGUAACCACUAUCAUCAACGUGGCGCGCUAUCUGCUCUCGUUUCCACAGAAAUGCUUCUACCGAGGCGGUGCCUACUCCUGCGGCUUCGGUCUCACUUGUUGGAUACAAGGCAAGCGACCCGUCGACCUCUGCAAGGGUGGCGUCGUCUGGAGCUGCUGCAUUCCACGGGACGCAGAGCCAUCGAAAGCUGGCAUGGUUGCGGAUGCCUUAUGCGGGAAAACAUACAUCCGAAACUCCAAAGUCGUUGGUGGUGAAAAUGCCAAGUUUGGCCAGCAACCAUGGCAGGCAGCCGUUGUAAAGCGAAGUCUCCUGUCACAGAAAAUAUCAUGCGGCGGUGCACUGGUGCACGAAAGAUGGGUGAUCACAGCUGCGCACUGUGUGGACAGGACGCCUGCAUCGAACCUUCGCAUUCGGCUAGGAGAGCACAGCAUACGUGACACAUCGGAGAGGUAUCCUCACGAAGAAUACACUGUCAAGCGGAAAGUGGUCAACGAAGGCUUUGACAGGAGGAACUUCAAGAACGAUAUAGCAUUGCUGGAAUUGUCACACCCAGUUAUAUUCAGGGAACACAUCAUUCCAAUAUGCUUACCUGAAAAAGGAGAGAAUUUCACUGGAGACAAAGCCACUGUGUCCGGAUGGGGCAGACUCAAAUACGGUCAAUCCUACAUACCGAACAUACUCCAGAGAGUAGACGUGGAGGUAUUGCCUAAUGAGGAGUGUAAGCAGUGGUUUAAAAGAAAGGGCCGGCGAGAACAAAUCUACGACACCAUGAUGUGUGCCGGAUACCAGGAAGGGGGAAGAGACUCUUGUCAGGGCGACUCAGGCGGUCCUUUGACAUUCAAGAAGAACGAACGCUUCGUUCUUAUUGGUCUUGUGUCUUGGGGAGUCCAGUGCGCCCUCCCUUCACUUCCGGGUGUGUACACGAGGGUCUCGGAAUAUGUGGACUGGGUCAACAUCUACGUCAAAUGCAAGGCUGUGGCGCAGCGUAGGCGCGACGUCCCGAUCUUCCUACUCGUGCGAUCUUUGCGGGUACGCGUCGUCAGCCUCCUCCAGAGGGAACUGUUUGAGCUAGGAGAGGGUGGUUUUGUGCGCCGUUGGGGUCAUCACCCUUCUGUCCGCGCUGUCGGCGGUCUCGUCACCAUCACUGGUGACCCGCCAUAA